GUACGCUGAAAACUCCCCUGUGCUCUAGUUCUCUCUUCUCUCUUCUGAGUUUUCUUGCUUAAUGAAGCUUUUAGGAGCUAAUUAAGCUAAGUAACUCAAGUGCUAGCCCCACAAAUAAGUAGUAGUGCUGAGAUUAGCUCAACACUAACCCAAUAAAACUUAGUAGUAACCCUCCCUUAAAAUGAAAAUCACAAAAAAAAAUCCCGUUGAAUAAAACAAGCUCUGAACCAAGAACAAUUUGUGGUGGAUUGAUCCCCACAAGAACGACUAACCACUGACCCCUCCGAUUAUUUUUCCCUGCAUACUCUUUGCACUAAUCUUUUGCAGGAGUCAUGUCAGUCUGGGGGAACAUCCGGAACAAGGAGAAGAAGCUCGGCUCGUCAUCCCGAUCCCGGAGUUCGCAAGCGUCAUCAGGCUCUCGGGAUGACAUGUCAGUGGACUCUGUUCGCCGACCGUCACAAUCUCAGGAAGAAGAGGAGGAAGCCCCUGCCUCUCCAGCAGUCCCGAGGCCCCGUCUCAAAAUUAGAGUUCUGACUUCGGUUGACCAGAUCGUUGUCCAGAUUGAUUAUGAGCAGGACGCCUUCGAACUAUUGAAGAAGCAGUCGUACAGCCACGCCAAGCGGUUCGAUACAAAAUUCCUCAUGAUGACAGGACUCCACAAGGACAUGAACCGCGCAUUCACGGCUGUGGGAUGGUCACGCUUCGCCGACAUCACUGAACCAGGAAUUCACUGUCCAAAGAUGGUCGAAAUUAGAGAAAAUCCCUGCCGCCCGGCACAUUUCGUGCUGACCGGCCUGACACCUCCACAUACAUGGGUCCAAUAAUUUUACUGGAGCAAUGUGACACGUUCAUAAGGUUUGAGAACAAGGCGAACAUCUCAUAUCCUAUCGGUGGACCCGGAAGGCACAAGGUUCAACCCAAAAGCCCACAUGCCAGAGCCAUGAUCAUCAAAUGGGGAAACCACCCGUUCCAGAGGCAAUGUGGAGUGUGGUUGUGCAAUGUCGGCGAAGAGGAGGACUGAGGGGCCCCGGAGGUAGGCCGCUCGGCCUACCUCAAGCCGCCCGGCCCAAGAAAGAGGCAUCCAAGGAAACUACCCAGGGAACCGACGUCCAGGAGCAAUCAAGAGCCAUCCACGGGAGGUCGGUGGCCAGAUGGCACACCCCUAGGCCGGUGGCCGCCCGACCCCACCUUGCGGAGACUCGUCUCCCAGCUUCGCGUGGAAGUUAAGCAUCGCCUCUACAGUUGCGUGCACCGGGCGCUACCUAAAUUACCGGCCUUCUACCGACCUUAGAAGCCUAUAAAUAGCACUCUCCCCCUCACUUUUAAACACACACUCAAAGGAGCAAUUCACUCUUCUCAAGUCUAGAGUAGGUUAGUAGUUGGGAGUUAGAGUCGAGUCGAGCUUGUCUCGGGGAU